CACAAACCCCACACAAAAAGAAGUAAAUAAAUAAACGGCCAUUGACAGCACCAAAUACUGUAUCGAAUCUCUUGCAAUUGCCUGUUUUUUCCUUUUUUUCCAUUGCAGAUACAAAAUUAAAGCGGAUGUGUUUAUUCUCCAAGGUGAAUAAAACUAAUUAUAUGUUCGUCCUUCUAGUUAAAUAAAAUACAAUAAAGUAUAUUUUGUGCAAUUUUUAAACGGAAUACUCGUCAGGCACAAGCUUGGACAGCUUAGCGCUUGGGGGUCCUCGCAGUUGUAGGCGCAGUUUCAAGCGAGCAGCAAAACACCGAGCGAUUGUUUAUUUUGUUUUGUUUACAUCCUCCAAAUAAAUAAAUGGCGUCCACUUUAAUAUCGCCCGUGGUGGAUUAUUACAACGACGAGGAGGAGCUCGACAGCGUGGAUGACGACGAUGAUCGGAGCUUCAGGGGCAGAGACUCCGAAGAAGACACAGAAGAUGCCAGUGAGACGGACCUGGCCAAGCAUGACGAAGAUGACUAUGUGGAAAUCAAAGAGCAAAUGUACCAAGACAAGCUGGCCUCGCUGAAGAGACAGCUGCAACAGUUACAAGAAGGCACGCUGCAGGAGUACCAGAAGAGAAUGAAGAAGCUGGAUCAGCAGUACAAAGAGAGGCUUCGAAACGCUGAUUUGUUUCUUCAACUUGAGUCGGAACAAGUGGAGAGGAACUACAUCAAAGAGAAGAAGGCGGCGGUGAAGGAGUUUGACGAUAAAAAGGUGGAGCUGAAGGAGAACCUCAUCGCAGAGUUGGAGGAGAAGAAGAAAAUGAUCGAGAAUGAGAAACUAACGAUGGAGCUGACAGGCGACUCCAUGGAGGUGAAACCCAUCAUGACCAGGAAGCUGAGGAGACGACCCAACGAUCCAGUCCCCAUACCGGACAAGAGGAGAAAACCGGCACCAGCUCAGCUGAACUAUUUGUUAACAGAAGAGCAGAUAAUAGAAGAUCUACGAACACUAAACAAGCUGAAGUCGCCCAAACGAGCAGUGUCUCCCUCGACUCCCGAGCACGUCCCCUCCGCUCCCCUGGAGAACCUGUCCCAGCGCUACGAGGCUCGCAUAGAGGAGGGGAAACUUUACUACGACAAGAGAUGGUAUCACAAGAGCCAGGCCAUCUACUUGGAGUCCAAGGACAACACAAAGAUCAGCUGUGUCAUCAGCUCGGUGGGGACCAACGAGGUCAGUUUUUCUCUCCACCGUGGAACCAUGGGAUCCGGAGCCAAACAUCCUUCAUGUUUAUCCGGUUCUUUUCCACGUGGAUUUAUUGGUUCCUUGAUUAUAAAAAAGCAUCUGAUGUUUGUCUUUUUAUUGUCCUCAGACAUUCACGUUUCUCUGAAUCCAGUAAAUCAGUUCAUAGUAGCUAAUCUCAUGUAAAAGUCAAACUUCAAAUUUCUCGUUAAACUGAUUCUUCAAACACAUUCAAUAAUUCUGCUUUACUGCCGUUGCUGCAGAAGCAUUUGUUGUUGUUUUUCUCUGAUCUCCAAAUACCUCUGCUCAAAAAAGAAACACAAACAAUCGUUAUAAAAUCCCAUAAACAGUCAAAGGUGGUGGUGGUGGUAGUGUGAUGGUGUGGGGCAGCUUCAGAUUCUGGACCUAAGUAUUUUUGGCUCUGCAGCAGAACACUGCGGAACCAAAAAUACUGCUUGUCUAAAUGAACCCCCCCCCCCCCCCCCCC